ACUUGUACAAUCUAAUAUAGAUGCAGAGUGAUUUUUAAUAACAAUCCACUAUAAAUAAUGGAAUUUAUAGUUUGUGGCAUGGAAUAGAUGAAGAAGAGUCGAAAAGGGAAAAGAAAAAACAAUAAAAGCAAGCUCACCCUUAGUUUUCAGAGAUGACAGAUAAGUAAAAGUAAAGAAAAUAAAACUUGAAUCUCCAGAAAAAAAAGAAAGGAAAACUAUCGAAUAAAUCAGAAAAUAUGUAAAUCAAUGAUGAUGAAUCAGAAAAAUAGGAGUUUAAUUAAGUAUUAUUUGAUUAAUUGGCAAGCAUCUAAAAUACGAAACUAAGCCUUAAUUUGUGCUUUUAGUAAAACCAAAUAACGAGGAGAUCUAGAUCGAUUUGCAACAAUAUAUCGACGAAUAAGUAAGAACUUAAGUGUUAGGAUUUAGUAUUCGAUUUAAGAGGAUAUAUCAAAGAUUUCUUGCUUUAAGUAGGAGAGUGAUUUUGGACAUACAGAAUACAAACUUAGACUAGUUGAUCCUGAUCCUAAAAGAUUAACUCAUUUAACAACUUAGAUGAAUUUUAGAUUGUCGGAGGGAAAUGGUAUGGCAUAUUAUAAAAUUGGUGUUGAGGAUAGCGGUAAUCCAUUGGGUCUUAAUAAAUCUGACAUGCUUGGAUCACUGAAAACCCUUUGCUUAAUGGCUUAAUCUUUGAAGGCUGAAUUAUUGGUUGUUGGAAUAAAUUAGGGGACCAAUGGCAAAACCUGUGAAGUUAUAGUAAGGAAAGGGUUGAAGGAUGGGAUAAAUUUGGAUAUAAGAAUCCUACUUUUGGGGGAAAGUGGAUCUGGAAAGACAUCCCUUUUAGGUGUGCUUAGUACUGGACAAUUAGAUAAUGGACAAGGUUUGGCAAGGAUGAAGUUCUUGAAGAAUAGGUCUGAAAUUACAUCUGGGAAGACAGAAAGAGUGAGUCAUACGGUUAUAGGUUUUGAUAGUGAAGGAAAGAUUAUGAAUCAUUAGAAUUAACUAAACUUCAGUCCUACAUGCAUGGUUGAGAAAUUAGUGGAUUUAUCAACAAAAUUGAUCACAUUUAUUGAUAUGGGUGGAACGAAAAGAGCACACAAUUAGAUGAUUCAGAUUGUCAAUUCUCAAUUUCCAGAUUAUGCUCUAUUAACAAUCUCUUCAUUGCAAUAGAUAGGAAAACCAACUAUGGAUUUUCUUAAAUUAAUCUAAAUCUAACAAAUUCCAUUUAUGAUUGCCAUUACUCAUGUGGAUCAAAUCACUGAAGAUUAUUAUGUGGACAAAGUAGAACAAUUAAAGGACAUGAUUAAAAGUCUAUAAAUUCAAAGUGUUCCGAUUGUAGUUAGGAGUGAAGAGGAUGUUGUCUUGUUUAGUAAAUAGAUUCUUAGCAAAACCCUAAUUCCUAUAUUUUUAAUAUCUAAUAUGAAAUAGAGGACAUUAGAUUAUUUUAUUAAAUUUUUAAAUUUAUUACCUUCAACAAAUGAACUAACAAACAAUUCAAACUUAGAUUCAGAAUAUUGCAUCCAUAAUGUUUUUGAGAUUAACAACUAGAAGGUGCUUGGGGGUACUGUUCUCAAAGGAAUUAUUAGAGUUAAACAAAUAUUAUAAAUGGGACCGGACAAGCAUGGUCGUUUCUUCCCAAUUGAAAUUGAAGAAAUAUAAUGUAAUCGAGUUCAAGUAAUACUCAAUUUAUACUCUAGGUCAAAUCUGCAUAAUGUGGGUAGAUAUGCACAAUUAGGUUUAAGUAAGGCAAUCAAUAAUUUGGAUCAGAUUAGAAUCCCAUAAGACGCGGAAUGGUCUUAAUAGAAGGAAAGAGCAACCCACAGGCUGCUUGGGACUUUUUAGCUGAGAUCUGGCUAUUUGAUGAUUAAAAAGAAGCCAAGAAAAUUGCAGUCAGUUUUGAACCUGUGAUUAAUACUCAAUGCACUAGGUCUCUAUUGUAUUAUUAUUCUUAGACAAAUUUGUAAGAUAAUCAGAGAAGAAUAAUUGUAGUUUGAGACUGUAACAUUGAGAAAAAAAUAAUCAAGAUCAAUUGAUGAAUCUUGUAUGCAAAAAUCUGAUACUUUAUAAUCGAGAUCAUCGUAUAGGAAAUAGAGUGAAUAAAUCAAAAAAGCAAGCAGUUCUAAUAGCUUAAAUUAAUAAUCGUAUAGGAGUCCAAGAAGAAAAGGCAGCAGUUAAGUCAAAUCUUGCACCAAUGAUGAAGAUCAAAAAAAGACAGAUUUGUUUGUGAUAAACGAAAAAAAUGAAAAACCUAUGGAGUUUAUAGAAUUAAUUCCGAAGCAACCCAACAUUGUUAGGCUAAAGUUUAAAUAUUUCCCAGAAUACAUCACUAAGGGCAUGAAGCUAAUUAUAAAUGAUAAUGGGCUAUAAGCUUGGGGUUUUAUCAAAUAUAUAAAUUAUUGA